UACCUUGGAAACCUCGUUUCUACUCGACGCCGACCGCUUGCGAGACAGGUAAAUAGUGUGACAACACUUUGUUAAAUAUAUAGUGUUUGUUGACGUGGUUGCAAAUGAACUAAGCUACACUCUACGUGCUACGAAGAGAGCAUGAACACAGCACAACUCUUGAGUUGCACUAGAUUAGCAUUUCAAUCACUUAAUGUAAUCUGCAAGAGAAGUUUUUGGGUAUCACAGUGCAUGAUGGCAUCUCGGCAUACUAACGCCAAAAGAAUAGAAGGACUUGACAAGAAUGUUUGGGUGGCGUUUACUUCCGUGGCAGCUGAUCCAUCCAUUGUCAACCUUGGCCAGGGCUACCCGGACAUCCCCCCACCUUCUUAUAUCAAAGAAGGUUUGGCAAAAGCUGCUUCAGUGGACAAGAUGAACCAGUACACCAGAGGCUUUGGUCAUCCCUCCCUGGUGAAGGCUCUAUCUCAGGUCUAUGGAAAAGUGUAUGGACGUCCUAUUGACCCUUUGAACGAAAUCCUGGUCACAGUCGGAGGUUAUGGUUCCUUGUUCAGUACCAUACAAGCGUUGGUGGAAGAAGGAGACGAGGUGAUCAUCAUAGAGCCCUUUUUUGAUUGCUACGUCCCCAUGGUUCGAAUGGCUGGAGCCAAGCCUGUGUUGAUACCACUGCGUUGUUCCAAAAAACAAUUCAUCACAAGUGCUGACUGGAAACUUGACCCGGAUGAGCUCUCUAGUAAAUUCAACUCCAAGACGAAGGCCAUCAUAAUCAACAACCCCAACAAUCCACUUGGGAAGGUUUUUACAAGAGAUGAACUGCAGACGAUUGCUAACCUCUGCAUUGAACACGACGUUCUGUGCUUCAGCGACGAGGUUUAUGAGUGGAUCACGUACAAGGGUCACCAACACAUAAAAAUUGCCACUUUGCCUGAAAUGUGGGACAGAACAAUCACCAUAAGCAGCGCAGGGAAAACGUUCAGUGUGACUGGAUGGAAGCUUGGUUGGUCAAUUGGUCCAGAGCACUUGGUGAAGCAUCUUCAGACCGUCAUGCAGAAUACCCUUUAUACCUGUGCAACACCAUUACAGGAAGCCGUCGCACAAGGUUUACUCCUAAACUUCGAUCUGAUGGGUCAACCCGAGUGCUACUUCACGUCUCUGGCAGAUGAACUACAAGAGAAGAGGGACCGCUUGGCCAAUAUUGUCCAGGCGGCUGGCAUGACCCCAGUCAUCCCAGAAGGAGGCUACUUCAUGCUGGUUGAUGUGACAUCUCUAAAUCAGGACCUGUCCCACAUGGUUGAAGAUGAAAGCUAUGACUACAAGUUUGUGAAGUGGAUGAUUAAAGAAAAGAAACUUGCAGCAAUCCCAGUUACAGCCUUUGUUGGAGACGAUUCCAAAAAGCAUUUUGAGAAAUACAUACGCCUCUGCUUCAUCAAGCAAGACAGUACCCUUGAAGCAGCAGGAAACAUUCUAAAAAACUGGAAAAUUUAAAUUUAAAAAUUUAAAGGCUGCCAAGUCUGUGAUCUGCAGUGUGCUUAAAGACGUAAAAACUAAAAUGUGAACAAGGCAUCAAUCAUUUUCCUGCUUGUGUUCUCCUUCUUCUCGUGCCUAGCAAUUCCAGCUUUGACAUUCUUGGUACGAUACUGUAUGUGUGUGCGUGUAUAUAUACACUUCUGAUCAAAAUCUUAACGCCAGUUAAUAAAUUACAAGAAUUUACAUUCUGCACUGUUGGAUUUUAAAAUGGUUCUUAAGUAGAGCUUAAAAAUGCAAACAGACGAAAUGGGAUCAAGAGACAAGAAGUUCUGAGCAGGUAAUGAUAAUACACAUAAACUUUCAGAAAUGGCGAGUUCGGAGUCAAAAGGGGAAGAAGGCGUUUUCGAGGUGUAAAUACAGGCACUGCUUUAACUGCAUUGAUGUAAACGGUAAAAAUGUACAUGUUCAGUGUACAUUAUGUCCCAGAGCAAAGAGUUUGUCCACGUCCGGUGUGAACAACUCCAAUUUAAUGAUGCAUGAAAUAAAUAUGAUGACUACAGAGAAAAGUAAGGGAGGUAGGCAGUACGUUGCCUGACCUCAAGGGGGCGUUUAAAAAAUUAAAUUUGUGCUGCCCUCAUCUCUAUAGUUUAAUUUGUUUACAGUAAAUAUGAAUUGCUUAGACACAAGAAGGGCGCUCUGUCCAUUUGGAUGGAUGGAUGGAAACGUCCUUUGUAGGACAAAUAUGUUCCUGUGAUAUAUACGUAUUUGUGUUGGUAUAAAGUGUCUUUAAAAGAGGAAUGCUGAUGGAUAUGAAGCAUUACCAGGUGCAUGCUGUUGGAUGAAUAGUGAAAUAAGAUGCUGUUUUUUAGCUCUUAAAAUUGUAAAUCUGACUCCAGAGGAGUCAGUGCCUCACCAGCCAUGAACCUCACCAGACAUCACUGAUGUCAACAGUUGAUUCAGACUCCUUCAUAGUUCUCAUAGGCAAAAUAUCUAAGAGAGGAGGAGCCGGUCCGUCAUGCGAGCACUGUAUGUCCACCAGUUGUCUUAAGUUGUAAAAGCUUGAUUCAUUUAAUUUACACCACAGUGAGUUAAAAACACCUAUUCAUACAUACUCAUAUUCUUAAAAUGUUUAUGUUUUGGUAAGAAGAAAACAGUUGAUGUGCAAUAAAUUAAAACCUCUGUUCAGGU